AUGAAGUGUGGACGUAUCUAUUACCAAUAUUUACUAAUAUUUGCAUUUAUUGCUUACUAUCUGUACACAUCUAUCUAUCUAUCUAUCUAUCUAUCUAUCUAUCUAUUCCAGUCUGUUCAUAUCUAUCUAUCUAUCUAUCUAUCUAUCUAUCUAUCUAUCUAUCCCAGUUUGUUCAUUAUCUAUCUAUGUAAUAUAAUUGUCUUUUCUCCUCUUACGCUUUCCACUUCCUCUCUCGCUUCUUCUCUUCCUCUCUCUUUUUCUCCUCUUUUAUUUCCUCUUCUUCUUCUUCUUCUUCUUCUUCUUCUUCUUCUCUUCCCCCAUCAUUCUCCUCUUCCUCCUUUUUGUUUUCCUCUUUCUUCUUUUCUUCCUCUUUCUUGUUUUACCUCCCCCUUCUCCCCUCUUUCUUCAUCUGUUCCACUCUCUUCUUCUAUUCCUCCCUCUUCUUUUCUUCUUCCCUCUUCUUCUUUUCUUCUCUUCCUCUCUUUUCGUCUCUCUUCUUUACUACGUUCUUCUCUUUCUCAUUCAUCUUCUCUUCCUCUUUCUUCUUCUCUCCCAUUAUCUCUUACCCACUCUUCUUCUCAUCCACUAUCUUUUUCUCCCUCUCUCUUUUCUCUCUCUCACUUUGACGAAUUGCCAGCUUUAUUCCCAUCUUCUUGUCACUUUCUCCUUUCAUUCUGUAAAAUGGUAGUAAACAUUAUUAAUACUUGUUUUGAUAUACUAUUUUUCAACCCAUUCUAA